AUGACCGAAGCGAAUGAUGGCACGGGUAACGAUAUGGACCACGCAAGCAGCCGAGUCCCUUAUUGCGCAAUCGGAAUAAAAUAUGAAUUACGUGUAUUUAGGGUACGUAUCAUUAUGCGAGGUUUCGCCGCCCUCGGAUACAUAUUCGAGAUGGACGGAACCCUGGUUUUAAGAGCGCUGCCGUUGCGCCUCGAAUUGAAAUGCCGGUGUUGGGUUGCAGUUGCAGUUGCAGUAGACGACGCGGAAUCCGGCCCGUGGCUCGAGCAGCGGCACGGUGGCGCAGAACAACCUUUGAGAAUUGGAACGACCGUCGAGCGAUGGGUCGAAGUGAUGCUGGCCGUGAGAGAGAGAAAGCCUGCUACCGCAAUACUGAGUGGCGAGAUGGUGGAGGUACAUAGGUACCUAGGUACAUAUACGUCGGUCAAGGUGGGUUGGAGGCGAUCGAGAAUGCCGGAGCAUCUGCACCGGAGCAUUGUGGAGAAAGGCCUCGGGGAGCUGCUUCAGGCCCAGGCACUUGCUUGUGGCUGCACUGUGGCACUGUGGCUCACAUUAUUUGCAGCAACUCCAUCUGCCAUCAAGGCCCAAACGGCCUAUCUCGUCUCGUCGCUUGCAGAUCGACCCGACGAGCGCCAACCCGAGGAUGCGGCUCGCCAUCUCGCGCAUCACCCGUCCGAGCCCCUCUCGCUCAGUCAAGAUGCUUCGCAUGCCUUUCCGGACCCUGGCCGUGAGUCGGCACCAUCUCCCAACGCCACCUCGGACUCUCAGAUUGGCCUUCCCUCGGCAGCUACUGAAGUCAGCGAUCUCGUCUUCCCGAUCCGGUCUGUUGUCAGUGUCGACAAGCCCAGCUGCAGGUCAGAAGCCGAUGAACAUGCUUCCCGCGCCUCAUACACUGGUUCAGCUGGGACCCCGGUCGCCAGAUCGACUCGAUCCGGAGGCGGUACCCUAGAUACUCGUCCCGGCUCUGUGCCUCCCUCUCCCAUGUCGCCCGUUGGGCGUGGUCGCUCUAGAGCCUCCGUCGAGCUCAACCGCGGGGCGACCGAUGGCCCUCGCAUUGAUGUUUUUACGGCACCCAUAGAGCUCGACAUAACAGCAUCCGAACCCGGUACCGACGCUGAAUCGGGAGCCCUUGGUCGAUCUGGUAUUCAGGGUGACCUGGACUUCUCAUCACAACUAUCCGAAGCACAAUCCUCCAUUGACAUUCCCUUGGUCACCACCCGCUUUAACCAUAUCGACACGGAAGAGGGACACUCCAUUAUUACAGGACGAGACGGCGUGCUGCAGCAGUGCGAAGACGAACCCAUCCAUACGCCCGGGGCCGUCCAGGCCUUUGGCUGUUUGCUAGCUAUGCAAGAAGAAACUGACGGCAAUUUUCUCGUGCGCUAUGUUAGCGAAAACUCGAAACGUUUUCUUGGCUACUCUCCCAGGUCGCUAUUUCGCCUAUCCAACUUUCUCGACAUCAUGACCGACGACCAACAAGACAACCUCCUCGACCAUAUCGACUUCAUCAAGGACGAGGACGCGGAUCCCGCCACGAAUGGACCUGAAAUUCUCAGCAUUUCUAUCCGCCACCCGAAACUUGGCAGAGCGGUUAAGCUCUGGUGUGCCAUUCAUAUCAAUGCCGCUCAUCCUGACCUCAUCAUUUGUGAAUUUGAAUUGGAUGAUGACAUCGAGAAUCCUUUGCGGCCGCCGAACGAGCUUACGCCCGAUAUCCCAGCCGACACACUCGACAGCAACCCCUCUGAGCGAGCACUUCAAGAAAGCACAGAAAUUAUCAGCAAGCCUCUACGAAUUCUUCGAAGUGCACGCAAACGACGUGGGGAGCAAGGAGCUAUGCAAGUCUUUGACAUUUUGUCUCAGGUACAGGAACAGCUGGCAUCUGCUACCAGUCUUGACUUGUUUCUCAAGAUCCUCAUCGGCAUUGUCAAAGAACUCACAGGCUUUCAUCGCAUCAUGAUUUACCAGUUUGACUCAACUUUCAACGGCAAGGUCGUUACAGAGGUAGUUGAUACCUCACACACACUUGACCUUUACAAAGGACUGCACUUCCCUGCCUCGGAUAUCCCUCGCCAAGCCCGUGAGCUGUACAAAGUGAACAAAGUACGACUGAUAUAUGAUCGGGAUCAGACCACGGCUCGAAUUGUCUGUCGCUCUCAACAAGACUUGGACGUUCCUUUAGACAUGACGCACGCCUACCUUCGGGCCAUGUCCCCCAUCCACGUCAAGUAUCUCGGAAACAUGGAGGUUCGAUCUUCCAUGUCUAUUUCAAUCAACGCAUUCAACGAACUCUGGGGCCUGAUAGCCUGCCACUCGUAUGGCGAGCGCGGCAUGAGAGUAUCAUUUCCUGCUCGGAAGCUCAUAAAUACGUCACCAACCGAUAAGAACCCAUCCGGCUAUAUUGUGGCAUCCUCUGAUGAUCUGCUGAAACUGUUCGAUGCUGACUGUGGUCUUCUUUCGAUCAAGGACGAGACUAAAGUAAUGGGUGUCAUGGAGCACAGCCAAGAAGCAUUGGCGUUGCUUGAAUACCUGCGUAUGCGGAGACUUACUUCUGUUUUGGCGUCACAAGAUGUCAGACUCGAUUUCCCCGACCUGCGAUACCCCCCCGGGUUUCAUUCCAUUGCCGGGUUUUUAUAUGUACCCCUCAGUGUCGGCGGCAAUGACUUUAUUGUCUUCUUUCGCAAAGGCCAAGUCAAAGAGGUCCAAUGGGCCGGAAAUCCCUAUGAAAAGAAUUUUCGACAAGGAACUGCUGCGUAUCUCGAACCCAGAGCCAGCUUCAAAGUUUGGAACGAAACUGUUGUCGGCAAAUGCCGUGAAUGGGACGAGGAACAUGUUGAGACAGCCUCUGUUCUCUGCCUGGUUUAUGGCAAGUUCAUCGAAAUCUGGAGGCAAAAGGAGGCUGCGAUACAAAACACAAAGCUUACGCGGAUUUUGUUGGCCAAUUCCGCACAUGAGGUCCGGACACCUUUGAAUGCCAUUAUCAACUAUCUCGAAAUCGCAUUAGAAGGGAGUCUCGAUAGCGAAACCAGAGACAAUCUCGUACGAUCGCACUCGGCAUCCAAGUCUCUCAUCUACGUUAUCAACGAUCUUCUUGAUCUCACAAAAGCAGAAGAAGGCCAAAACCUCAUCAAAGAUGAGGUUUUUGAUCUCGGGAUCUGCAUAGAAGAAGCAACAGAUCCAUUCAAGAUUGAUGCUGAUAGAAAGGGUCUGGCCUAUGAAGUUUUUCGACACGAUGGACUGCCAAGGUUUGUCCAUGGGGAUACACGUCGGGUGAGACAGGCCCUUUCAAAUGUCACUGCAAACGCAGUCAAGCAUACCGAAAAAGGUUCCGUCAAAAUCAGCAUUCAAAUUACAGAACUGGAAGAGAAGCAAGCAACUAUCGAAUUUGAAGUGACGGACACGGGCUCAGGAAUGACGUCUCGUCAAUUGGAUGCUCUCUUCCGGGACUUGGAACAAGUCAGCGCAACAAUGUCCAAUUCAAGCGAAUCUCCUACGGAGGGCCCUAGCUCCUCACAAACCCUUGGUCUUGGCUUGGCUGUUGUUGGUAGAAUUGUGCGAAAUAUGAAUGGACAACUCAGGUUGACGUCUGAAGUUGGCAAGGGCUCUCGUUUCAUUAUCCAGCUGCCUUUUCAACUGCCCGACAGUGAGCUCGACCCAUUCAAGCCAAACGGACAAGCAGUACCCGCUGUCAGACGAGCCCCGCAGAGCGAAGCGACGCGACCAGAAGGCGAGAUAACCCUUGUGCAGAGAGGGUCAGACUCCAAGGUCCCUACAUUGAGAGACACAAGUACUGGUAGUAAUAGUCGCCGGAGCGGGAGUCAAGUUAGCCGUGAAAGUUAUGAGAGCGGAAAGAGCGAUGCGGAUCGUCUUAUUGACGCUAUACAAACACCACUGGUUGGAGGCAGCAAGGAACACGACUAUUUCAACCCGAAGCGGCACUCGAAGAGCACCACGAGCGCAUCUACCGACCGCGCAUCCUCGGAGAAGUUUAAUCAGGGGAUCUUGGCAUCGCCGUCACGUCCUGAAUUGGGUACAGUACCGGUCAAAGACUCCAAGACACCCAUAAAGGCAGUGAAAAUCCCCGACGAAGGAGCUAUGUCACAACUCGCAAGCCCAGCGCGACCUGCCGAGAAAAUUGUUCAAAUCGGGAGUUCAGUUGUACGUCCACGAAACGACAGUAUCGCGCAAGAAAGUCCCCUGAGGACUCUGAUAGCGGAAGACGACCCCAUCAACUUGAAGAUUAUGAGAAAACGUCUCGAGCGUGUUGGUCACACUGUGACUCACGCUGUCAAUGGCGAGGACUGUGCUGCUCUGUUCGAGUCCAACGGUUCAGGGGUGGACGUGAUUCUCAUGGAUAUGCAGAUGCCCAUUGUGGAUGGAUUGACCAGCACGAAGAUGAUACGAUCCAUGGAAGCGGAAUCCAGGCAAGAUGGUCAUUCAGACAUGGCCAAGCACAAUGGAAGGGUGCCGAUCAUUGCGGUUUCUGCAUCCUUGGUCGAAAAGGAACGGCAGAAGUAUGUUGAUGCUGGCUUCGACGCCUGGAUUUUGAAGCCGAUAGACUUCAAGCGUCUAAGUGUGUUGAUGAGAGGCAUCCAUGACGACGAGGCUCGAGACUCGAGUGUAUAUGUGCCAGGGCAGUGGGAGGCAGGCGGCUGGUUCUCUAGCCGGUCACUGGCUGAAGCACAGAGCGAUUCAUGA